UCAGUGACUCAAAGUGAGCAGCUCAGAAACACAGACGCAGACAGAUUCCUUCGUUUCCUCGCUAAUCCACAGAAAACUGUCACAAUGCAGAGUAUGUGUGGAGGUAUUGGCGAGGCUAUUGAUGCCAACGAAGAAAUCCAGAAGAUCUCUGACAGCGUUAAGUCCCAAGCAGAGACCAAAGCAGGGAAGACCUACGAUGUUUUCACAGCCAAGAGCUACAAAACGCAGCUUGUGGCCGGGACCAACUACUUCAUCAAGGUCCAUGUGGGAGGAGAUGAACAUAUUCACCUCCGUGUUUACAAAACACUGCCGUGUCAUGGAGCGGAACUCCAGCUGAACGGUUUACAGCAAGCCAAGAGCCACCAUGAUCCUAUUGAGUACUUCUAACGGGAUCCGUAACCAAGCAAAGCAUCCUAGCAGUGCCUACAGGCUCCACUGUCAUUUUAAUCAGCUUCAUUACAUUAUCCUGGCCUUUUUAUAUUGACCACUGCUAACAUGUAAUAACAUACUGUAUUAUGGAUUGUGGGUCAUGAUGGUAGGAAUAUGCCAAAUGGGAACUCUUUUGUACAAGGUGAAAUAAAUAAAUAAUUGAAUUAAUCAUA